AUGAGCUCAUUUGUGCCUGCCCAUUUUGGAUCAUUUACUCAAAAUUUCGACUUUGAGAGACUACGGACUGACACAAGCUCAUCAUUGCAGAUGAGAAUUAGAUCCUUGAGACCGCCACAAGAUUUCUUCGACUACAGAAGACUGUCGAAACCACGAUCCGUUUAUGACCUCCAAACAAGAGUAUUGUUCAACUUGAAUUACUUCUACUCCAAUUAUCUAGCGGUUUUCCUUGUGAUUAGCGCUUAUUGCCUGAUCACCAACCUGCCAUUGUUGUUCGUGUUAUCGUUUGUUCUGAUCAGCAUUUACUUCAUUCAAAGGUUACAGGGCGGGGAACUGAACUUGCAAUUUGUCAGAAUAAGCACUUCCCAGCUGUAUACUCUGGUGCUGUUUAUCGCCAUUCCAAUUCUGUUUAUCUCUUCUCCUGUUUCCACUUUGUUUUGGCUCGCCAGUGCGAGCGCUGUUGUGAUACUUGGACAUGCAGCUUUGUUAGAGAAACCUGCAGACUCUGCCUUCUCGGACACCGUUUAA